AUGUUCCCAUAUUCAUUUGGUAUUCGUCGUUUAUGUAUUGGAUUUAUUAAUCGAAUUAAUAAUAAAGAAUUAUUUGUUCAAAAUAGAGGAAUUGAAUAUUUAUUUCCUGUUCAAUAUAGUUCAUUUAAUGAUAUAAUUAAUCGAAAAGAUUGUAUUGUUCAAGCACGUACUAGAACUGGAAAAACGUUAGCAUUUAGUCUUCCAAUAGUUGAACGUCUUCAAGAUGAUAAAUCAAAUAUUUUAGGUCGAUAUCCACGUUGUUUAGUAUUAGAACCAACACGUGAACUUGCUAAACAAGUAACAAAUGAUUUUUUAUUCAAUUAA